UGCAUUUUUUAAAAGCUUUUUUUCAAUCAAACUGCUCAGUUUUACAGCUGCAAGGACAGAACGGAACGACUUUAAGAGUUUCUGAGCACAAACUUGGACUGUGAAUUGAAGAUGUCACAGACAUAUAGACUCGGCUCCUCGGUGAAGGUGGAACAGCUGCAAGAAGAACUAUCCGCUCAGAUUCAGGCUCUGAGGACUGAGAUCGAGGACAAUGAGAUGUUACAAAAUAUAUCCUCAAAACCAUACAGCUCUGUCCAUAUUCCAAAAGAUGCGUCUUACUUUCGUAUGGAGAGGCAGCAGGUGCUCCUUAAAGCUCUGCAAGUUUCGUCCACAAAGCCUGUUGUGUCACAAGCAGAAGUGGCUGAGAGAGAGAUGGAGAGCUGUCUGACACAAGAGCACUCACCUGACGGUCUGCCCUUACUGCUGCAUCAGUUUUACACAGAUCAAACGUACAAACUGACACGGUGCAAAUACCAGCUGAUGCUGAGAUGGAGGAGAUUCGGUCGCCAUUCCACUGUCUUGGAGAAACUAUAUCCUCAAUAUAAAAAACAGAUCACACAUUUAAGCAAUGAAUUUGAGGAUUCUGUGCAGCGGGCACGUCGUCUUGCCGUGUCCAGAGAGAAGGUCCUGGCAGGUGUGGAGAGCCCCGUCGAUGUGCUCACACAGGAAGAUGUCACCAUUUACCUCCAGUGGCUUAUUUGCCAUCUGCACUCCAUCAAAAGCAUCUUCAACUUUCUGCAUGUCCUUCAUUAUCUCCCUUCGACAGAGUGGAAUGAGGAUCAGAUGUCCAACAACGCUGUAGAUUUGACAUCCCCUGUAUAUUUUGCUGGGGUAUUUGUAUCAAUGUCAGAAGUUCCCUUGCACUCGACCGAUAUAGAGGAUUUUAAAGCGCAAAUGGACUUCCUCCUGUCACAUUACAACAUCCAAUAUGAUAUUAGCACCAUCAAGACAGCUGGAGAUGAAAUGGAGCUUUUUAGUCUGGUUAGUUACCUGUUUCAGACUGUUUUUAAAAAUCAGGAGGAGAUGAGGACCUUCUUGCAGUACGACAGCACUGAAGCGGCAGACAGGAAGUUUGGGAGAAAGAGUCCGAACAUGGCGCUCAGAAAAGAGUCCAACUGGAUUCCUCAUAUACAGAUGAAACCAAAGCGAGAUCCUUGGCAACAAAAACAAAUAGCCAAACUCAGAUCGCUCAGAUCAAUGGAUGAACUUCUCCAGAUUCACAGCAAGUUCUUGGAGGAGUCAGAUCUUCAUAAAGUGACUGAUGCUUUGAAGGAUUACACUGCAUCUGUCCGUCAGCCAGAAAACCCCUCAAAGUCUCCAUCCAUCAGCACCGAAACUCUCAAAGAAGCUUCUGCGAUAUGGAAAAGCAUUUAUAACACAACAAACAGGCCUCAGGUGGCCACUGGACAGGUUUCUCAUUUAUCUAAAUAUGCAGAUCAGAAAUGCUCUGAGAAAAAGAAUAAAGGUCAAAGCAGCAGUGCUUUUCAGCAUGAGAAGUGUGAAGACACUGAAGAAGUUGCCAAGGAGCCUGUUACAGUCAGAGGAGCAUAUGACUCUUUAAUCUACCUGAGACACCUCAGGAUCAGAGAACUCAAGCGCACUUGUUUGAGCAUGCUGAACUACCUGCGGUCAGUGGAAAGGACUCUGGCGAUGGACGCCGCGGGUCUGGAGUUGGUCGGAGGAGAUCUGGUGAGAAGUAUGGAGGAGACGGGCUGGAUGAGUGCUGCUAAAAGACGCGAUGGCUCUACUGGAGCUCUUGGGUCAAAUCACUUCAUCUACAACAGUCCGGUUGAUCAUAAGGUUCACUUUGCCGAGUUUAUGGAGUUUGCUGAGGUGGAAAACCUCCAUGAUUACUACAGCACAGAUGGGAGCUGCAUCCACACGCAGGACCAGCGGGGUCUCUACAUCAUCUAUGACGUGGCCCUGGUGGACCUGCAAGAGUUGGAGCAACAUCUGCUGCUCACUGCGUCUCAUUUCAUACAGAGGAGCAGAGAAUCGCAUGCGUCUGAUGGAUCUGGAGGAGACCUUCACUCUCUGGCUAGAAUGGAUGUGGAUCGGUUGGCUGUACUUUUAGACAUAUGGACAUGUGAAACAGAAUUUCUGGAGCACAAAAUACAGCUCUUGAAUUGCUAUUUGGAGGCGUAUCAGCAUGUCACAGAUCCAGAGGAGCAGUUCAGAUUGGCUCAGGUCAUCACAGAUGUCAUGCACAGAAGGCCACAGAUUGAUUUUACUGCUGGAUAUUUUGUUCAAGCUUACAGGGACACGAUCGUCUGCCUCCACAGCCACCAACAGCUUAUCAAACUAGUGCUGAACAACCAUAUUGAUGAGCAGCGGCAGUACCUGGAGAGAAUAUGGAGGGAGGGACAGAAAGGUUGUCCUAGUGAAUACGGCCUGCCACCAAACUGCAUCCCUAAACAUUUGGUAUCAGUCGGUGGAAGCAGGCCUUCUUUGAAGAGUGUGUAUUUUUUAGAGAUACACCCCUCUUUGUGUUUGGCGUCUCGGCUGUACGAGGAUCUUGAACGGUCCUGUACUGAACUAUUUGAGCUGCACAGAGCCAAAACACCAUCUCAGAGAGUCAACCUUGAGCACAGGCUCUUGAAAACGGCCCUGCAUCGUUGGCACACGCUUGCAGCUCCUGGCACCACCUACAGUUCUCAGAUCCAGAGAGACUUGUUCUCAGAUGGGUUCGUGGAAGAUCCUGUUCUGGUCAGAGAGCUGGGAAUGUCUGUUGUGAGAUCUGCCGAGGAACAGGAGAGGAAACAAGGCAAAGACAGACAGUUGUUCAUGCUGAAGAUGUUCUGCACAUUGUUAGAGCUCGUCACACUCCGUCACCGCAUCAUUGAAUCCGCUUCAGAAACUGAACAUCUGUCCCAAUUAUAUAAAUCAGUGGCCAGAGUGAUGGGCUUUGACGAUGUUCAUUUGUACAUGCGGCCGGUGCAGUUUGAGGUUGCUGUGAGGAAAGAGACUACAAAACAACUUCCCGUCUUCAUCACCACCCUUCAGGACGACAAACAGAAUGCGGACAGGUUUGUCCCAAACUGCCUGCCUCUGUGUGUUCAGGAACUUGAUGAGAGUGAUAUUGGCAAAUUUAGCUUUCAAUCUAACGAAGCAGUUCUACAGCUCAUGAAUCAGUCCAGCUUGGAGAACCUGCAUGUGGUUCUGGUGUGUCAGGUGGUUCAGAAGAAUGCUCUGAUUGGAGCGCUUAAACAAGCGUCCUUGUGCUAUAGGAUAGAGAAGCUGGAUCAGUCCUCGGAUACAGACCUGCCACUGCAGCAUGAGGGA